AUGGCACCCCGCGGUCGUGGAGGAAAGUUCUCCAAGCCUACUCGAGGAGGAGGCAAGAAGUUCAGUCGUGAUCUCCAGCCUGUGGAUAAGGAUGGGAACCCAGUUGGUCUUUGGCGCGAAAAAGAAGAUGAAAUCCCCUCCUCCAGCGAAGAAGAAUCCUCUGACGAGGAAGACUCCGAAGAAGAAUCCUCUGACGACGACGCCCCCUCCGCCGGCCCCAGCACCCUCCCCACCACCUCAGCAGGCGCAGGCGCAAGCAACGACCUAAGCCGCGAAGCCCGCCGCGCCGCAGCAAAAGCCAAAAAACAAGCCGCCCUCCGAAAACGCGGCCAAGCCCCCGCCCAACCCGGCGACCUCCCCCCCUCCGACGACGACUCCACCUCAGACGCCGACACGGACCUCCCCUCCAACCCCAACCACAGCGCCAAGUCACGCUCGCAGCUCGUCAAGCCCACCUCGGACUCCGAGGACCAGCAGAAGCAGCCCACCAAGAAGGCCGCGCCGAAAGACAUGUCGCAGCUCUCGCGGCGCGAGCGGGAGGCUAUUGAGGCGCAGCAGGCGCGGGAGCGGUAUUUAAAGCUUCAUGCUGAGGGGAAGACGGAUGAGGCGAAGGCUGAUUUGGCGCGGUUGGCUGUUAUUCGGGAGCAGCGGGAGGCGGAGCGGAUGAGGAAGUUGGCUGAGAAGGAGGAGAAGGAGGAGAAGGAACGGGAGAGGGCGGCGCUUGUUAAGGAGAGGGAGGAUAAGUUGAGGCAGGCUGCGUUGGGGAAGGGGAAGAAGGUGCCGAAGAAGAAGUGA